GCGGAGGGCGGGGCCGGGCUCGCACUUCCGGCAGGAGGAUUCCCUACCGGGAGCUCCGGGGCGGGCGGAGCAGCGCUGGGGAUCUGUGAGCCCUGCGUCCCGCCAGCCAUGGAGCAAGUGGGCUGAGGCCGCAGCCCGGGGCUCGAGCCGCUCUUCCCAGUCAUGGCGGUGAAGAGGGCUCUGCCGGCAGGGGCAGCUGCAUGUUGAAAGUCGCCGUCCCGCUGCACCAGCUCGUCCCGGGGGCUGCCUUCAAGAGCAGUGCCUGUCCCCACCGGUCCUGGAGUUGGGGUGCCGCCGCCUCCACCGAUGGGGAGGUGGGCCCUGGACCUGGCCUUUGUAUGGAAGGCCCUGUUGACCCUGGGGCUGGUCCUGCUCUACUACUGCUUCUCCAUCGGCAUCACCUUCUACAACAAAUGGCUGACAAAGAGUUUCCACUUCCCCCUCUUCAUGACCAUGCUGCAUCUGGCCGUCAUCUUCCUCUUCUCCGCCCUGUCCCGGGCGCUGGUGCAGUGCUCCAGCCACAGGGCCCGCGUGGUGCUGAACUGGACCGACUACCUCAGGAGAGUGGCCCCCACAGCACUGGCAACAGCACUUGAUGUGGGCUUGUCCAACUGGAGCUUCCUCUACAUCACCGUGUCACUGUACACCAUGACCAAAUCCUCUGCCGUGCUGUUCAUCUUGAUCUUCUCUCUCAUUUUCAAGCUGGAGGAACUGCGUGCAGCCCUGGUCCUGGUGGUCCUGCUCAUCGCCGGGGGGCUCUUCAUGUUCACCUACAAGUCCACGCAGUUCAACGUGGAGGGCUUCGCUCUGGUGCUGGGGGCCUCUUUCAUCGGGGGCAUCCGCUGGACCCUCACCCAGAUCCUUCUGCAGAAGGCCGAGUUGGGCCUCCAGAACCCCAUCGACACCAUGUUCCAUCUGCAGCCACUCAUGUUUCUGGGGCUCUUCCCUCUCUUUGCCAUAUUUGAAGGUCUCCAUUUGUCCACCUCUGAGAAAAUCUUCCGUUUCCAGGACGCGGGGCUGCUCCUGCGCGUGCUCGGGAGCCUCUUCCUCGGCGGGAUUCUUGCCUUUGGCUUGGGCUUCUCUGAGUUCCUCCUUGUCUCCAGAACCUCCAGCCUCACGCUGUCCAUCGCUGGCAUCUUCAAGGAGGUCUGCACCCUGCUGCUGGCCGCCCACCUGCUGGGCGACCAAAUCAGCCUCCUAAACUGGCUGGGCUUCGCUCUCUGCCUCUCGGGAAUAUCCCUGCAUGUAGCCUUGAAAGCCUUGCAUUCUCGAGGUGACGGUGGUCCCAAGCCCCCGAAGGGCCAAGUGUCCAGCCCAGACCUGGAGUUGCUGCUCCGGAGCAGCCAACAGGACGAGGACACGGAGGAAGGGGAGUACUUUGUGGCCCAGGCGCAGCAGUGACGACCCCAGAGGACUUCGGGGCCCACGGAGAGGUCCCCCUGCCAGGAGCAGGGGCCCGGGAGUCACUGGGCAGGACCUGCAGUGCCCCUGCCUGACCCUCUGAGGCUAGAGCCUGCCUGCGCUGUGCCGGGGGCCGGAGCUGAGCGGGGGCGGAAGCUGACCCGGGGCCGGAGCUGACCCAGGGGCGGAAGCUGACCCGGGGCCGGAGCUGAGCGGGGGUCCUGGUUGGAGCCAUGGCACUGAGGAGUGGGCUGGGGCCAACUCGGGGGGUGACUCGGGGCCCCCCUGGGAAGGGGACCUUAGGAGGGUCCUCACGGCCUGGACUGUGUUCAUGGAGAGCAGAUCUAUUUCUAGUUUGGAAAUAAAUGUCAUAGUUUACUGCCACCAACCCCACCUUGGCCUGUGGCCCUGGGGGCAGGGAGAGCCCCAGGGGCCUGCCCCCCCCCCCCCAGGCUUCCCUUCUGAGCCCAGGCCGCCCUUGGGGCCCCCUCAUCUCGCAAAGCAGAGAAUAAAUGAGCACUUGCUGGA